AUGCUACCUAGAACCAUCUUUAGGACGUCUCUAAACAGGGCAUUCCACACUACUUCCAAACGUUCUUUGACUAUUCCAUUUUUAUCUACUCUACCACAGAAGCCAGGUGGUGUGGAAGGUACCCCCAACGAUCCAUUCAUUGCACCUGAACCUCACAAGACUCAUGGUUCUUACCACUGGGACUUUGAAAGAUUUUUGGCAGUCUCUAUGAUUCCAUUGGUUACACUUCCAUUAGCUACUGGUGGUUCCGUUUCUACUGUUGCCGAUGGUCUUUUAUCCACUAUCUUACUUGGACAUCUUUACGUCGGCUUCCAAUCCUGUAUCAUUGAUUAUAUCCCGGCAAGAGUUUACGGUAAGAACCAUGGCCGUGCAAUGUUCCUACUUUCCCUAGGUUCUUUACUUUCUAUAAUUGGUGUCUACAAGUUGGAAACUGAAGAGAACGGAACCAUUGGCGUUCUUACUUCAUUGUGGAAGAAUAGGGAAGACCAGGAACAAAAGGAAAAGAAGAAUUAA